AUCUCCCGGAAAGUUAGUGACUCUAAUUUCAAAAUAGAAAUGCUGUGAUAAAAAUAGUCAUAUUAUAUCAGCACAGGCGUAACAACGUGCAGUGCUUCCUUGUCGAGAAUCUAUAUUUUUAAUCUUGGUCAACUCUGAAGGAAAGCAAAGGUCGCCCUCGACGUGCGCCGCCGAGAUCUCUUCGGGGAAACGCGGCAAAUGCCAUCGGCCAGUGGCGAGAGAAAUCCUCAUAUCUUUUGACACAGCAAUUAAAGAUGAUGCGAAGUCCGCCAGACGAUUAGAGAGCUAUUCCUUUCCGAAAGAGUUAGAGCAAGAGAAGACAGCAGAGUCAGUGACUCGGAAAGCUGGAGCGUCCCGCCGGAGCCGCGCAGGUCAUGCAGCCCUCGUCCUCCAGCCCUCGGUUCAGAAUAUGUAAAGAUGAGGAGAGGCAGGAGGAAAGCAGUAGUGGGAGGAACAGUGUCAGCAAUAACAAGAGAAAUAGAUAAACCUGGAAGAAGAACAAGAAGUCAGUCACUGAAAGAGAACCAGGAAAUUGAGAUUCUUCCAGUAGAUUCUGAAACAUGUGACAGAAGAUCUUCAUCAAAUAUACACCAGAAGAAUGAAGCGAGCACAGCAUUCACUAGAGAAGGAUCACAUGAUUCUGCUAUUUCCUCAAACAGCUCAAAGUGGUCUGUUUCUAGCAGCAUCUCCAUAAUGAGCUGUGGAUCAACAAGAACUUUGUCCAAGAAAAAGACAUCAAUUUUGAAUGUUGUGCAAGAGGAGCAUAGCACCAGAGCAAAUGGGGAAAUAGGUGAUGCUACUCUAACCUGGGUUAACAGCAUAUCUCCAGAGCGAAUCAGAUCAGCAAUGCCAGUUGUUCGAACUGGAGCAGUGACAAAUGGCCAUAUUGUCAGACAGUCUGUUAGUCGCUCAAUUGAUGGCUCAGAGACUGAUAGUGGUUGUGACACAAAGAUGGCAGAUGAUGUUCUCUUCAGUCAUUACGGAUUGGAAGUAUUGAUUCAUUUUAGUACAUUUUUAAUCAUAGCAUCCACAGUAUCUACAGAAGUGUAUCUGAGAGCGGCCCCAAAAGAAGACAGUACAUUAACUAACAAGAACCCAUUACUGUUGCAAAUAGUGGUCUACCUUAUCAUUGGAAUUAUAUCUGACCUGAUGUCACCUACGGUAGCUCUACUUUCAACUCAUUUAACUGCUGUAGGAAUAUGCCUACUAAACUAUUUGAAACCAAGCCAUGUCUCGAUAUCAUACCUGCCUUUUUUAAACUCAGGAUAUUUAGGAUCACAAAUGAUAGCAGCAUCCUUCAGACAGGGUUUUGGUCUGGAGGGCAUACUGGCAAGGGUUGGACUGGUGUAUGGUUUAGCCAGUUUUGUAUGUCCCCAAAUUAUAACCAUUGCCACUGAGUAUCUAGGGGCCACCCUUAACUACAUAGUAGUUGCCCUUGCCAGCCUCCUGAGUAUACCUGCAGGGCUUAGACUAUUGCCCAAUAGCUUCAGAGCUUGCAUCUACCAAAGACCUUCAUCGAGAACUGACGUUGGAUGGCUUCAUUUCCUUGGAUUUCUAUUAAUGAAAAUUUUCCUGACCAUUCCACUGGCCCUUCUGCUUCCUCUCUUUCAAGGAAUGAUUCAAGAGGGCAGUUUUAUUGAGGGAGUCAGCUUAUCCAUGAUAGUAACAGUGGGACUCCUGUGUAUACAAGCAGUGGUGACUCCUGUGCUUUUGUUCUUCACAUCUCCAGCGACUGUCACUGUCAUUGUGGCUGCUGUCCUUACACUGAUCUAUCCGGCAUUGCUGAUUCUCUUUGAAGGCUUAAGUCAACACCUGAUCAUUGCUAUGAUUCCUCUUUGUGGCAUGGUGAGUGUAGCUCAAGUCAUGAUCCUGUCAGCUUCCAUCAACUGCUUCCCCAGGCUGAAAGGCACCAUACUGGCAACCAAUCUUAUAAUACACAUCAUAAUCAGAUAUUUGGUUACUCAAGCAGCUGAAUACUUGUCAGUCCUUUGUAGAUUCAGUAGAGUAAAUUUGGUUUCAUUGAACUUUUCACAGUGGGCUGUGCAGAUUUUGCAUUUUGUGAAGAUGGAAAAUCUUGUUCCAGAUCUCCAUAUUGAAAUGUUAUCAUGUGAUAAUAUUCAUUUAGAAACUUUGGCCUUGACAGGUUCUGUUUGUUCAGUCAUUCUUCUAGUACUAAGUCUAUCUGUAAUGAGACAUUAAUUUUGAUAAAGAAAUAGGACCAUUCCCUUUACAAAAGGGAAUUGGAAUUAUUUGCCAAUCUCAUUCAUGUUCUGUGAUACUUUUAGCUUUUAUUUAAAGACAGAUCUCUUUGGGUAAGUCCCCAAGUAAAAUCAGAAUGGAUGGAAACUGCCUUUGCUGUGAUUUUGUAACCAAAUAUUGUUUACAUGUUAUUUUUCUUCAAAAAUGAUCACAACUUUCCUAAACUACAACAGAAGCUCAACAUAUAGUUGUAUUGUACACUGCACAAAAUAUUGUGAUAUUUUUUCUCUUACCUGAGGAUUAUAUGAAUUUUAGGUUGUUUUUCACAGAUCUGCUUUAAAAUGGGCAUUUUCUCAAUUUUUUGAAAAAUAGAUUAAACCAAUGUGCACAUAUAUAAAAUACCUCUAUUGACUGCAGCUCUCUUUCCUUUAUUGUUUUGCUGUCUAUUGUUGAGGCCAGGAGAAUUUGUCACAAAUGGAUUAUUGGUACAUUUUGGUCUGUGUUUGACAGAUAUUUGAUUGUAUGAUAAUCGUGGUGUCAAACAAAUGAAAUUACAAAUUUCCAUAAAACAAAUAUAAGAAAUUUAAUAAGGAAUCUUGUGUCAUAGUUUGUUGUGGUUAUUGUUUUAUGCUUAUAGAUGAGUCUCAUAGCUUGAUAAUGGAUUUUUUUCUCUCUCUUUUUAGUAGCUGAUUUCAUAUAGUAUAAAAGGAUAUAUGGAAGAAAAGUAAAACAUCUUUUAUAGGCAUAGAAUUACUUUCAGUAAAUGUAGUGGAUUUUUCAUUUACAUGCAUUGCUCUUUCUUUUUUGAUAUUGUAAUCUUUUAAAAUCUUGUCAGUAUACUGAUGCUGUUUGCCAUUAGAACUCCUCCUUUCAUAAAUUGAAUCAAAUUUAUAUCUUUGAAAAUUUGUUUCCAGGUGAGAACUUGUGGGUAUGGACUGACCUUGGAGUUCACAUUGAGAAUAUUGUUUUAAUCUUUUGUGUUUAACCCAAUGCCACCAGGGAAAAUGAAUAAAAAAUGGGAAAGAUGCUGUGCUCAUUUUCUAUAUUUUUUGGUGAAUGUCUCUGCCCAUAGAUGGCUCUGUUAGUGCUUAGCCACAAAGGAGUCAAUUAGU